GUGAAAAGUGGAUUUGCUGCUUGAAGCUUGGCGGUUCCAGAGUAGAUUUUAUUAUGUUUUAAUCCACAAAUGUACAUGUUUUUAAGAACUAGAUGAUUUAACUUCAUAAUACAAUGAGGUCUAUGUGUUUUUCUUUUGAAAACUCGGCACUGUAACGCCUUCUGCUGCUGCCUAGCCCUCCAUCGGCUGAAGAAACAAUGCAGGCCUAGCUAGCAUCUAACGUUAGCUAGCGGAAGCUAAGCGGAUAACGCUGGUCCAGCAGACUGCAGUGGGAUUUAAACCUUGGACAAAGCCGUUUUUCGACGCUGUAAUAACAUCCUAUCCGCUAUGAGCUCUCAGCUGCAAGUCUUCUCUCCUCCCUCCAUCUCCUCCAGUGCCUUUUGCCGUGUUAAGAAGGUGAAGGUGGAGAGUAACGUUUGGGAUGUGUCCACCACUGAAGCUUACAGCUCCAUAGCAGGCCAGUCGGCAUACACCUUUACCCCUGCCAUGGCUGUACCACCCUUUGCCCCAUCUCUGGUCUUCCCACCUGCAGCACCCGGCUCCAGAGGUCAAGUGGUGGUGCGGGCAGCUGAUAGCACUGGCAGUCUUCCCCGUGGAUCCAGCCGGCGUGUGACUGAGCAGGCGACAUCUUCCUCUUAUGUUCAUACUGACACGUCUUCUGAAACAAGGGGACACAGGCAUGGGCAGAAGAGAAAGAUCGAGGAAACCAAUGAAGGCAGCGGGAGUGGGUGUGGCAGUGUCCAAAUAUUGGAGGAGCUCUCAGCCCCUGCAGCAACUUACUCCACCCGUACGGGAGGAGGUGGAGGAGGCACAGGCCAGUCUAUUCCCCACUCGGCUCCAACCACCAAGAGCAGCAGCUCUAAUGGUGAAGGGGAUUAUCAGCUAGUGCAACACGAGAUCCUCUGCUCUGUGUCCUGCAGCUAUGAAGUGCUGGAGUUUUUGGGAAGAGGCACGUUUGGACAAGUGGCCAAGUGUUGGAAGAGGGGUACCAACGAGAUAGUGGCCAUCAAAAUCCUGAAGAACCAUCCUUCUUAUGCUCGUCAGGGCCAGAUUGAGGUGGGUAUCCUGAACCGGCUGAGCGCUGAGAACGCAGAUGAGUACAACUUUGUGCGUUCAUACGAAUGCUUCCAACACAAAGGUCACACAUGCCUGGUAUUUGAGAUGCUGGAGCAAAACCUGUACGACUUUCUCAAGCACAGCAAGUUCAGCCCACUCCCCCUUCGGCACAUCAGACCCAUCCUACAGCAGGUGGCUACAGCGCUGAUGAAACUGAAAAGCCUGGGUCUGAUUCAUGCAGACCUGAAGCCAGAGAACAUCAUGCUGGUCGACCCUCUGAGACAGCCUUACAGGGUGAAGGUCAUUGACUUCGGCUCAGCAAGUCACGUGUCCAAAGCUGUCUGCUCAACCUACUUGCAGUCUCGCUACUACAGGGCUCCAGAGAUCAUUCUGGGUUUGCCGUUCUGUGAGGCCAUUGACAUGUGGUCUUUAGGCUGUGUGAUCGCUGAACUGUUUCUAGGUUGGCCUCUCUAUCCUGGAGCCUCUGAGUAUGACCAGAUCCGUUACAUUUCUCAAACUCAAGGCCUGCCUGCAGAGUACUUGCUGAGUGCCGGCACUAAGACCAGUCGCUUCUUCAAUCGAGGACCUGACUCAAGCUACCCACUCUGGAGGCUUAAGACCCCAGCUGAGCAUGAAAUGGAGAUGGGUAUCAAGUCCAAGGAGGCCAGGAAGUAUAUCUUCAACUGUCUGGAUGACAUGAUGCAGGUCAACCUGUCUUCUCAUUUGGAGGGGACGGACAUGCUGGCUGAGAAAGCUGAUAGGCGUGAGUUUAUAGACCUGUUGAAGCGGAUGCUCCGUCUGGAUGCUGACAAAAGGAUCACGCCUACAAAGACUCUGGGUCACCCAUUUGUCACAAUGAGCCACCUCAUGGAUUAUCCCCACAGCUCACAUGUGAAGUCCUGCUUCCAGAACAUGGAGAUCUGUAAGCGUCGGACCUCCUACGAUAGCAGCAAAUCCCUGUACUCCACCAAUGCAGUCCCCAGCGCUGCAGCGGGCAACCUCACUGUCACCUUUAGUAGCCAACUCAACCAGCAUAACCAGGUAUCAUCCAUAUCUUCACAGAUUAUAUACAUGUUCAAGGACUGUGGCUCCUCUAGUAUUAAUGAGUCGCACUUUGGAUUUCUCCAACAGGUGCCUUCUGCGGGGGGAGCGGUGCCUUUGCUGAACUACCAGCCAGCUCUGUACCAGCAGGCGACCAUCAACAUUCCCGGGCUGGCUCAACAGAGCGUCCCGAUUCCAACGCGUCCUGCUGGGCUGUGUAGCCAGACAGAACCCUUCCAGCAGACUCUCAUCGUCUGCCCACCCUCCACUAUUCAAGGGCUACAGCCAUCCAGUAAGAGUUCCAGUUUCCCCGUGAGGAUGGAGAACUCUGUACCUAUAGUACCUCAGAACCAGUCUGCUCAGUCGCUGCAGAUCCAGCCAAGUAUGCUCACACAGGGUUCCUGCACACCCCUGAUGGUGGCCACCCUGCACCCAUCCUCAGCAGGCAUAGCCCCCCAGUAUUCUCUGCCCCUCGGGCUGGGCGCCGGGGUGGGUCGCCCCACCCUCCUGGAGCACACAGCCACAGUGCUGCAGGCCUGGCCCACUGGCACACAGCAGAUCCUCAUUCCAUCAUCAUGGCAGCAGGUCCCAGGUGUGGCCAUCCAUAGCUCUGCCCACCAGUCAAAUGUUACUGAAUCGCCUCUUGAAACGCUUCACUCAGAUGCUUCCACACAACAGGGACACAGCUGGAGGAGCUCAACCCAAGCCAGGACCCAGCAGGAGAGGAAGAAGUUGAAAGCCAGACGUGGAGAGAACAGAAACAGGGGUAUAUCUGCUGCUUCACUACUCAGCGGUGUGACCCCUCCCAGCGCUACGUUGUCCCAACCAAUUGUCAUCUCCGACACACCUAGCCCGGCGGUCAGUAUCAUCACUAUACACAGUGACACCGACACAGAGGAUGAGCGCAAGUUCCACCCCGCCAGCGUUGGUCUGAGCCAGCGCACAAACGUCAUCAGCUGUGUGACUGUGCACGACUCCGACUCCUCUACAGCCAGUCCCCUGACUCCUCUGCCCCGCACACUUAACCCCGCUAGCACCAUGUCAUCACGCCAGGCCAAGUCUCUGGCAGUGGUGGCACCUUCAGUGAAAACCCAGGGCUCUGAGAGAGGAACAGUUUCACGUGGACGCUUGGAGACUGUGAACUACAUGAAACCUAAGAGAUCAUCCAACCGGCAGCCCUGCACUUCAGGGGAGAGCAUGGAGCGUCACGGACUGGUGCCAAGUCAGUCACACCCCCUAAACCUCAGCCAGGUUCAGCCAGUGGUAUCUUCAUCUCAGGAGCGUUCCCACAGUGACUCAUCAUUGCGUCGCCAGCCGACGUUUCCUCCGGCCGUCUCCUCUCACUACAACUUUUCCGAGGUGUCCACCUUGGCCUCAGCCUCGGCCCCUGGCUCCAGCCUGUACGCCUACCCGGCCUCCACUGCCCUCUCCUCGGCUUCUCAGGCCAUGGAACAGCUGCUAGGCCGUGGUCAUGCUAGCCAUGGACACUCCCCCUCCGCCUAUGCAGCAACAUACACCUCAUCGUCCUCCUCCCGGAGAGACUCGGCCAGUCGUAAGGAUUCUGUCAGUAGUCUGCUGCACGGCCUCCCCGCAGCCUACCAGCAUCAGUUCGCCACUGGUUCUCCCUACGUAAGUGUGACACCCCGGGCCGAGGCUUACAGUGCCUACCAGCUAAGUCCCAGGCGCCUCACACAGUACCCAUACCUAUAGGGAGUCACACACACACUCUGAACUAAGAAAUCUACUUCCCCACAUACUUUACAAAGGGACACUGAAACUGUGUUUCUAGAAUAACUGUUGUUCACUUAUUUGUUUGCUGCUUUUGACUAAAGGCAGCAUUUCACCUUCAACUCAUUUACAUGCUCUUUUGGGUCAUUUUAGUGUUUUUGAAACGUACUUUGAUAUUAUUUGAUGUCAUAUCGUUUUAAUCUCCCUUAACUGUAUUGGUUAUAGCCCAUAUUUUAUCCCCAUCGUAUCCAGAUGUAUAAUUAAGGCAUUGUGGUAAAUGUAUUUUACUCCUGUUAAUCAUGAGUUUUUUGUGUAAAGAAAGAUAAUCCUCCUGUCACAAGCUGCGACGACACUUUAGGCGAGCUUUUAGACGCCUGACUCACAAGGCUAGUGAAGGCCUAGCUGACAAAGAGUCAUUAGUUUCUCAAGAGCCUUGUCAUAAAGUUUUCACACUAAUCCACUGAGGCCCUGUGUUUUGAGCUUACAUAAUAAUGACUGUACCAUACCCUCGUUUGUUUACUCACAAAUAUGUCUUUUACUAUGUUUUUAAAUUAUGUUUUGUCAGUGUGAGAAAGGUCCAUGAAGAUGUGGAAUAAGAGAAAAGAUGUGGCGAAAACUGUGAUGGAUACAUGUUAAUUUAAGUGCACAUGUGAUAGUCUGUUAAUGUAGUGACAGUGUUUUAGGCAGGAUUAAUCAUGUCCUUUUAUGCAAUAGAAACUUAAAAAAACUGCAUCAACUGAGUGCUGAAUGUAUUUAUGAAGUAUAGAGGAGCGGGAAAACCAUCCUGAGAAAUGACAUGAAAAGCUUUUGUUUAAAAAAAAAAAGAAAUAAGAUAUUAUUCUUCCUCCCUACUUUUCUCUUUUUGAAAUAUAAAAAAAUUCAAUUUAAUGUGGACCGAAUUAUAUUCAGUAUCUACGAAUCCUGACUGUGUAGGACCUGCUCGUUAUUAAAAUGGAUUUAUGGCCAGUUUGUACUGUUUUAAAUACUUAAGAAGAAAAACAGGAUUUUUUUUCCUGUUUUUUCCCCUGUGGCACUUUGGGAAAUACUCACCAGAGUAUGUAAUGUAAAAAUGUAACGUAACAAACCCACACUGCUGUUGAAUGACUAGGGCUGGGUACCAUUUAAAAAUAACUAUAACAGUACAAAUAGCAUUACUUUUAAAGCGAUAACAAUAUACCAAUAGGGUACAUCAUGUGUACAUUUUAAUACCCUUCAUUUGAACAAAAGCAUUCAGUUCAGUAAAUGAAUUACUUUUGAACAUUUUGGCGGCAUCUCAGCACGCUGAGCUGCAAACUCUGUCAAGCACACCAUCCAUGACAUCACCACUGCCGGCUGAAUAGUUCGCACCUGCCGUGGUAGCGAGCCAUUCACACACCUCAUCAAAUUGAAAGCUUGCGGUGAUGGUCUGCGAGCAAAACCAUACAAUUGAUCAAUUAUCUUGAUCGAGUACAAAAAGAUCAAAUGCAGAUAUUGUUUGAAGGCGGUUCGAUACUACUUGGUACUGGGUGCUUUCGGCUGAUCCCUUAAAUGUGUAAAGUACUGAUCCCCAGCCCUAAAAAUGACCGAUGCAAAUAAGAUCAUGCAAGUGACCACUUUGGCUUCAGUUUCGUCUAUGUUAAAAUCCAUUCUUUUUCACCUACGGAUGGAUUACUACAGUCACAUUGUUGGUUUUAAUCACAGCGGAUUUUGUGGCUUAUUUCCUGCCAUUGUCUUUUAGUUAAAGGAGGCGAAUCUCGGGAUGAUUUCUGUGGUUUACGAAAGCUUUUUAGUAAAUCUUUCCCUGUUGUGUUUGCAUCCAUUUUGUGUUGUAAUGUCUGAAUAUUUAACUGUAUUUCAUCUUAACAUAGUAUAGUUAAGAGGCUAUUUGGUAGAACUAAUUCAGGGAAAAAAAAGGUUUCAGCUCAAAUAAUCCACUGUCACUGUUUUCAAUAAAAAUAACUACAAACUCA